AUGCCUCCCCGCCGCAAGUUCGACAAAAAGACAGCAACAACAUUUCAACUCGUCCACCGCGCCCAAAAUGAUCCCCUCAUCCACGACGAAAAUGCCCAAAUGGUCUUCCAAGAAAAGGCGUCCACCACCCGCCGACCAACCGAAGAUGACUACGCCCACUCGGAUGUCGCCUCGCAAAUCUCCGGGACAUCAGAAUACCGAAGCGAUAAGACACGACAGCGUGGCGAUCUGGAAGAUGAGUUCGGCAUGGCUGUGAGGCGGAACGAGGGCGAGGCGGCAGAGCAUGGAGUGUUUUACGAUGAUACUUCGUACGAUUACAUGCAGCAUAUGCGGGACUUGGGGGGUGGGGAAGGAGCGGUCACGUGGGUUGAGGCCAAGUCAGCAGCACCGCAGAAGAAGAAAGGGAAGCAGAGUCUAGCGGAUGCGUUGCGUGGGAUGGAGUUGGGUGAGGGUGAGGGUGAGGGUGAGCACUCGGUCAGAGGGAGUGUGGCGGGAGACAGUGUGGCGAGUAGUAGUGCGAGGAGUCUUUUGCCCGAAGAAGUGCUGCCGAGCGAGUUUGUGAAGAAAUUCUCGUAUCAAGACCAACAGGAUGUGCCGGAUGAAAUUGCAGGUUUUCAACCCGACAUGGAUCCACGACUACGAGAAGUACUCGAAGCGCUGGAGGAUGAGGAGUAUGUGGACGACGACGAGGAUCUACUAGCCGAGCUCACAUCAGAUGGAUACGAAGUAGAACGCGACGAAUGGGAGAGAUUAGGCGAGCAACAAGUCUUUGAUGAUGAGGACGAAGAGGGCUGGGAAAGCGAUCACACCAUUCGAGCUGCUAGCCCACCGCCACCUCUCUCCACCGAGACUCUCCCUCUCGAUCUACCAAUAGGCGAAGCAGCGGUCCCACCAGAAGACGUCCAAGCCCAACCACCGGCCGAUCCAACCCAGGGCGCCUGGCUAGACGAAUUCAAAAAAUUCAAACAAGCCGCCAAGACCGCAGAUAGAGCUGCAGACACCAAACCAGCCGCCACACCCUCCGCCCUCGAUGCCUCGGUCAUGUCCUCGCUCGCGUCCGGUCGAAGGAAGAAGCGCAAGGGCGCCAAGACCAGCACGACGAAUUACUCCAUGACCUCCUCCGCACUCGCACGUACAGACCAGCAGAGUUUGCUGGACGAUAGAUUCGACAAACUAAUCGACAAAGGAGACGCACUAGAUGACAUCUUUGAAGACGAGGAGUCCAUCAGCGGUCUUCCGGACAAUGCAUCCCUCGCCUCAGGCCUAACAUCUGCCUCCAAAGCGUCCCGCAUAAGUCGCUACUCCACCACCAGCGGUAUGAGCGGCAUGUCCGACUCCGAAGCUCCGCAAUUAAUACGGACGGAUUUUGAUAAUGUCAUGGAUGAGUUUCUCGGCGCGCACUCCAAGGCUGGGAAGCGCGGAAGGUAUCUCAAGCGUGUUGGGCCUCAAAGCGGGAUGGAGCAGUUGGAUGAAGUACGCAAAGGCUUGGGACCGGCGAGGCUGAAGUCGAGGGUGGCGGGUUCGUGA